GUUAGGUAGAAAUACUUUUCAAUGAAAAAAGUUACCAGACCAGAACUUCCCUCACCUACCUCUCUAAAACAAAAACAAAAACUGCAACCACUUCAUCUCAUUUCCAUUUCUCCGAGGCAGAUUGGGAAGAAAAAAUAUUGAGUUGGUUGUGGCGUGUAGUGACGGAUGAUGUCUGCUAAAGCUUCACAAUGCAUGCAGUUCUCGGUGUCUAUCGCGUCAGAAAGGACAUUAAGGAGAAAAGAGUGUUCAUUGCAGUUUCCUCGGAGGUGUAGAGAAGAGAGGUUUCCGAUUCUUGUUUCUAGUUAUUUGCAACCUAAAAAGGAUCUAGCUUAUCAUAGCUCAGUUGCAUUGAAACUUUCGUGUUACCCACAGAAUAAUGAAGCCUCAGUGUUGGAGUCUGGAACUUAUCCUGCUACUUUCGAUGAAGCUGUAAUUCUAAAGAACAAGUCAGAAGAGAUCGAAACAUACUUACAAGGAAGGUGCAUUUAUCUUGUUGGAAUGAUGGGUUCUGGAAAAACGACGGUUGGCAAGAUUCUAUCAGAAAAUCUUGGUUACUCAUUUUCUGACAGUGACAGUUUAAUAGAGCUGUCUGUUGGAGGAACUACUGUUACUGACAUCUUCAAGUUUCAUGGAGAAAGCUUCUUCAGAGACAAUGAGACUGAGGUAUUGAAGAAGCUGUCUUCCAUGCAACGGCUAGUUGUUUCAACAGGUGGCGGUGCGGUUAUAAGGCCCAUUAACUGGAGACACAUGCAAAAAGGAAUUAGUGUGUGGUUAGAUGUGCCGUUGGAAGCCUUAGCUCGGAGGCUUACAUCUGUUGGAACUGAAUCUCGACCCCUGCUGCAUAACGAAUCUGGUGAUGCUUACGCGAAGACUUUAAAGCGUUUAUGCACUCUCUGGGAGGACAGGAGUGAAGCCUAUACCAAAGCAAGUGUUAGGGUUUCUUUAGAAAAUAUUGCUGCAAAACUGGGUUACAACGAUGUAUGCAAUAUCACGCCGACUGCAAUUGCAAUAGAGGCACUUGUGCAAAUAGAAUAUCUGUUGAAGAAAUAGAGUUUCCUGGCCAUGCCCCCUUGUAAACGCAGAGCUGCACAACCGCAGAUAUUCAGUUCAAUGGAACAGGAAGUUCUCUUAGUUAUGUGCUGAAAUGUUAUAGAAUAAAUCGAUAAGGUUUCUGUAUUUCCUUCACCUCGCAAUUCUGUUUGUGUUUUCCGGUUUAUGAUUCAUAUGUAAUGGGAAUGAACUUGACAAUUAGUUAUUUUAAUUUUUUGUUAAUACAAGCACAAAGGGAGUAAUCA